AUGCGCGAGGCGAGCUACAACCCGCACCGACUUGUCAUCCGCAGGUCACAUUUGCGCGCAGGGUUCACUGCUCAACUCGGCAUCACCUCGAGGACGGCUCUGGGACCGCCCACAUCCUCGCGGACGGCGAUUGCAUCGGAACAGUGUGCGUCAGUCGAAGACAACAAGGGGCAGCUCUUCCUGAAUACGGUGUCCGCUGCGGUAUCGCCGUCCCUUCUACGGAGACUUCUCUUCGCUGACGAUCACGGGUAG